UCUUAUUUAUUCACUUCUUUCUCUCCCAUUUCCCUGCCAAAAAAAAACCCCAUUUCCAGACCCUUCUCUUGACUCUUCUGGUUUAAAGUUUGGUGCUUUAAUUUCUCAUCCAUUUUCCUGGAAAACCCACAAAAAAAGACUAUCUUUUUUGCUGUGUCUCUGUGUUUUUUUUGGUGUUGUUGUUUUUGGGAGUUUGAGAAGUAGAAGGAAUUAGAAGGAGAGAGUAAUGGAGGGAGGAAUAGGAAUUGAUGGAAGCAGAGAUGGUUCAGCUUUCAGAGAAUGCUUCUCUCUGGCUUGGAAAAAGCCUUAUGUUCUUCGUCUUGCAUUCUCUGCUGGAAUUGGUGGCCUUCUUUUUGGUUAUGACACUGGGGUCAUUUCUGGAGCUCUUCUCUACAUCAGAGAUGAUUUCAAGGCUGUGGAUAAAAACACUGUUUUACAGGAAACUAUAGUGAGCAUGGCAAUUGCAGGGGCCAUAAUAGGAGCAGCAAUUGGAGGAUGGAUGAACGACCGAUACGGGAGGCGAAGUGCAAUCCUCAUAGCAGAUUUCCUCUUCUUCAUUGGAGCUGUGGUCAUGGCAGCUGCACCUGGCCCUGCCCUUCUCAUCGUCGGUCGAGUUUUUGUUGGACUUGGUGUGGGAAUGGCUUCCAUGACCUCCCCCUUGUACAUCUCUGAGGCUUCCCCUGCAAAAAUCCGCGGUGCUCUUGUGAGCACAAAUGGAUUUCUCAUCACUGGUGGCCAGUUUCUGGCCUACCUCAUCAACCUGGCUUUUACCAAGGCACCAGGGACUUGGCGAUGGAUGCUUGGGGUUGCGUGUGUUCCAGCUAUCGUGCAGUUCAUCUUAAUGUUAUUGCUUCCGGAGUCACCUCGAUGGUUAUACCGCAAGGGAAGGUCAGAAGAGGCUGAAAGGAUACUAAGAAAAAUAUAUUCAGCAGAUGAGGUAGCAGCAGAGAUUCGAGAUCUUAAGGAAUCCGUUGAAGCAGAGAUCAAGGAGAAAGAGUCUUCUGAGAAAAUUAGCUUGAUUAAGCUGUUGAAAACCAAAACGGUGAGAAGGGGACUUUAUGCAGGGGUUGGGCUCCAGAUUUUCCAACAAUUCGUGGGCAUAAAUACAGUUAUGUACUAUAGCCCUACUAUAGUUCAAUUGGCUGGCUUUGCAUCCAAUGAGACUGCACUACUGCUUUCGCUAGUCACUGCUGGACUCAACGCAUUUGGCUCCAUUGUGAGCAUAUAUUUCAUCGAUAGAACAGGGAGAAAAAAGCUUCUAGUCAUCAGCUUAUUUGGUGUCAUAAUCUCUCUCGGGCUUCUAUCAGCAGUUUUUCACGAAACAACGUCUCACUCUCCACUAGUGAGUGCUACUAAAACCACUCAACUGAACGCCUACACGUGCCCAGACUACAGUUUGGCUAGCAAUACUGCUUCUUGGGACUGUAUGAGGUGUUUAAAAGCCUCAUCUCCAGAUUGUGGUUUCUGUGCUUCAGCAGCUAAUAAGUUAUUUCCCGGGGAAUGUUUGGUUGCAAAUGACACAGUGAAGGAUUUAUGCCAUAAAGAAGAUAGACUAUGGUAUACAAGGGGAUGUCCUAGCAAAUUUGGGUGGCUUGCUCUCAUCGGUCUUGCUCUCUACAUUAUUUUCUUCUCUCCAGGAAUGGGAACUGUGCCAUGGAUUGUGAACUCUGAGAUUUACCCUUUAAGAUACCGUGGAGUCGGUGGAGGAAUAGCAGCCACUGCAAAUUGGAUCUCAAACCUUAUUGUUGCUCAAUCUUUCUUAUCCUUAACCCAAUCGAUUGGGACUUCCUGGACAUUCCUAAUAUUCGGUUUGAUUUCAGUAGUAGCCCUUUUGUUUGUCCUGAUAUGCGUACCAGAAACAAAGGGCCUUCCAAUUGAGGAGAUUGAGCAGAUGCUUGAGAAGAGGGCUUUGCAUUUGAAGUUCUGGGAGAAGAGGCCAGAUCCAUUGGAGAAAAGCCCAGGCGCCUGAAAAAUCAGUAUCAAAAAGUGAAAUACAACAUAAAUUUCUACAAGAAUGCUCGGAUUCUAAAGGCUUGGUGUUUACUGGUACCAAUAGACAGUAAUAUAGAAUUCCGCUUUCUCCCAACAGUGGUUUGGGAUUUGCAAAUAUUUGGAAAUGGGGGCAAGAUACAAAUAUGUAAAACAUUUACUAGAACCAUUCACUUGAAUUUCGGAUCAACGAACAAACCAAGUGCAUUGGCUAUCCUAAAAUGGCCUAAUGUUGACCUAUGAAUUCCAUAUUUUUCUCCAA